AGCAUCAGGAGGGGUUCUGUGGCAAAAUAAAUGGAGUACUUGCUCUGUCUCUGGUGAGGUGUCGUUACUUACAGCUACUUUAGAUACUAGAAUUGUAUAAAGAUUUUGAAAGGAAGGGAAGUCUUUUUUAAACAAGAUGAUGAAUUCGAAAAGAGAAAUAAAUGUCAAAAAUAGGCCUUAAAGAUUUAUAACAUACACUGCUCACUGCACUGACUUUACUUUAGUUAGUUUACUUUAGUUAGUUAGUAAACUUGGUAUCUGGUUACAAAUUAAAAUCUUAUGUAACAUGGACACGAAAAUAUUUCCGUGCAAGUAAAUUGGUGCAUCCGGCACAUAGAUUUAGAAUCGGCUGAUGUUUUCCAAAACCAAAACAACACAAGGGACGAGGACAGAGACAAACAAAGAGAAGUUGGAUGCCUACUGGGUUUUAGAUUAAAAUCCUUUAAAUUGACGUUCUACGUCAGACCACUGGUUUUGGUCCUUGCAUUUUGGUGAUUAUGAUACAUUUGAAAUAAGACAAACGAUGCCAAAACCCCAACAAGUAAACAUUCAUGUUGUUACCCAGCCAGGAGAAGAACUGGAGUUUCAUGUUAAGGACAAUAUACGUGGAAAAGAGCUAUUUGAUCUAGUGUGCAGGGCAAUUGGUUUGCGUGAAAGUAACUAUUUUGGUUUGUAUUAUCAACGUGCUGGUAAACCUGCAUCUUGGCUACGCUUGGAUAAGAAGAUACGAAGUGAACUGGGAGCUGAGAUUCAAACGAUCAAGCUGCACCUUAAAGUUGAAUUUUAUCCUGAAGAUGUGGAACAAGGCUUAAUUUUACAAAUAACUCAACACUUGUUUUUCUUACACGUUAAAAAUGAUAUAUUAAAUGAAAACAUCUACUGUCCUGCUGAGGAGGCUGUACUGAUGGCAUCGUUUUCUGUUCAAGCUAAGUAUGGAGAUUAUGAUGCUGAAAUACACAAAAAUAAAUUCCUAGCAAAAGAACAGCUCCUUCCAAAGCGAGUGACAAAUUUAUAUCAUUUGACGGACGAACAAUGGGACGAACGUAUAGUGGCAUGGUAUGCUGAACAUUGUUAUGGUUUAUCGAGGUCCGAAGCAGAAAUGGAAUAUUUAAAAAUAGCCCAAGACCUUGACAUGUAUGGAAUUGGUUACUAUAGUAUACAAAACGACAACGGAACCAACUUGUGGCUUGGAAUAAGUGCAGUAGGUAUUAACGUUUACGAAGAAGAAAAUAAACUGGUCCCAAAAGUUUCGUUCAUGUGGAGUGAGAUUAGGAACAUCAGUUUUAAAAACAAACAGAUAUGGAUUGAACCUAUGGAGAAAGAAGCAAACAAUUUUAAUUUUAUUUCUACUGAUGUUGUGAUCAACAGAGAGAUUCUGCUGUUAUGUAGUGGUAAUCACGACCUCUACAUGAAGCGUAGAAGGCCAGACAGUUUACAAGUGCAAGUCAUGAAAUCACAAGCGAAAGAACUGCAAGAAGAAAGACAGAGAGAACGAAAUCGAUUUUUAAAAGAAAACUCACUACGUAUACAAGCUACACAAGCGAAGUUGGAAGCAGAGAGGAGGUUACAGGAAUACGAAUCCACGUUAGAAACCUACCGUGUGCAACUGAAAAAAGCAGAAGAAACGACUGAUUUACUUGCUGAGAAAGCUCUGGUGGCGGAAGAAGAAGCUAUGUUACUCGUGCAAAAAGCUGAAGAAUUUGAAACAGAAAUACGAAGGCUACGUAUGGCGUGCAGUCAGAAAGACGAAGAGAAGUUUAACUUAGAAAGUCACAUACAGAAUGCUGAUUACAGAUUGCAACAAAUAAUGCAAGAAUCACAAAGAAGAGCUAGAGAGACGAUGCUGUUAAAGCAGGAGUUAGACCAGAGUCGACAAACUGAGAAACUCGUAACCGAAAAGUUAUUGCGAAUAAACAAUAUUCCUUUCGUGCAAUAUGUAGAAGGAAUGCCGCAGCAACAUGCCAACGGUGUGGUGGAGAGUGAAAAUAGUGGAGGGUUUAAACUUUUACAAAAGGAGCGAGUCGAAUACUUGGAAAAAAGUCAUCACUUACAAAGACAGUUAACCGAAUUAAAGACGGAAAUAGAGGGUCUCAAAAUUAACGGCAGCAAUGACCUUCUUGAUCGCAUCCAUUUGGAGAAUGUGGACAAAGGUGAAAACAAAUAUUCGACGAUGCAAAAGUUGCAAGCAGCAUCUACGAACGCACGUAUUGAAGUAUAUCAAAAACUGUAAUGCAACUUUCCUACUGAUGCUGCUUUGCUGUUUGCGCGACUCGUUUUGACGACGCCGUACCGUCGUUGAAGAAAGAAUACAA